AUGCGCGUGAAGGAAAACGACAGCGAUCAAACGAGGCAAACGUUCGGCGAAGCGAGUUUCGUCAAAAAGAGCGCUCCAUCGUUCUUCCGCAAUCUCCCCACAAGUCCAGUCACUCCAAGAAAGAAUGCUUUAUCAGUCAAACAGACUCUUCCAAAUCAGCAAAUGGAUGAGAAGCUACCACCCGAUGUUAUCGAUUUGUCCCUCUCGUCGGAUGAGGAGUGGAUGAACGAGGUGUUAAACGAUGAUUUUGAAGAAAAUAAGGACAAGCUUUCGGAUGAGAAACUCUGUGCUAAAGACGAUGCUGAUGCGACGGUUGUUGAUGAACAAAAAGAAGAGGAGACUUUUGAGGAAGCGAUUGAAGAAAAACCAGCCACACCACCACCAACACCAGAGGAGAUAAAGGAUGACUUGUCGACUAUCAAAGAAGAUGAAGAGUUCGAUUCGGAGGAUGAUGGCUGGGACGAUUAUAGGGCUGCACGUGCCACUGGAUCCACAUCGUUUGGGGUGGAGAAGCCGGUGGAAUCUGUCAAUGCUUUCGGCACAACUCAAGCGAUGGAUGGAUCGGGUGAUCAAAACAUGAACGUUGUCAAGGCUCCCACUUUUGGAAGAAUUCAAGCAACUGGUGAUCAGGAGCACAAAGAAAUCCCACCAAAAGACGAUAAUCCACCGAAGAAGCAGCAGAAGGACCUCCAUCCAAUAUACUUCGAUUUCUCACAGGAUGACAACGAAAAGUUGUCCGCUGAUGAAAGCGAUAAAAUGAAGCUCGUCACUACUCAGCCAGAAGAAACAGUUUCUGACGAGGAUGAUGGAUGGGACGAUUAUCGGGUGAUGAACGCACACACAAGUCGCAAUAUUAACAACAGCAACAAAGCAAAAGAGACGGUGAAUGGGGAAAAGACGGCUGCUUUUGGAGUGAUACCUGAAAAGAUGAACGAAUGGAUGACCAGAAAUGGUUCGAAAGGAGACAUUCAAGUAUCUAAUCAGAUGCCUUUCUCACUUGGAUCCACUGACAUUUCAAAGAAUACGCUCAACUGUAGUGGCAACUCUCCCGUGCCGGAUAUGUGGGGACCUCUGGUUAAAGCUGGCAAUGAAAAAAAGUCUUCAAAUUGGGCCGCUAACGAGUUCUUUUCAAAAGGCGACAGUGCUUGGAACAACGCUCUCGUGCGUGAGAAGCCAUCAACUCGCGGGCCUUGGCGGGGUAACUAUGGCGAGUUUGUGCCCGAUUUACCGAAGCGUGAACCGAUCGAUUCGAAGAGGCAGCUUUUUCAUCAAACGUCAUCUAAUGUCUUUGGUCUGCCGAGCCCACAAAAGCCGGAGAAACGCAUCGCUCGCGAAUCGUUGCAAGGUUUUGAGAGGGUUCUCAGGAUGAACAAAGCCGUCAACUCGCGUCGAGAGAACAAAUUGGCAGAGAAUGCCAAGAAGCUUUUCCAACGUUCGAAGACGCCCGAUUCAGAGCCUCACCUAUCGCAGCAGUACUUCAUGAAGCCUCCUGAGAUGAAGCGAGUGCCCUACGAGUCGUUUCUUUCACGAACAUUCACACCAUCUGAUGUUUCAAUGAUGCCAAAAUUCUCGGGCAACAACUACGGAAUGAGCGAUCGCUUAAACAGCAAUCACAACAACAAGGUGCCCUAUCCGAUGAAUUUCGAUCCACGACGUGCACAAAAUGCGAUCACCCCGGGGAAGCGGGCAGGCAGCGAGAUGCAAGAAGUCGCACCGUCAUCGCGUUCUUAUCGUAUCAUCGAGGGCACUAGACGCUUGUUCAAUAGUAAGGAGAUUCGUGACUUUGUAAGGAUGACUGAUCAACAGACGUAUUACAUGCUCGCCGAGGAUCUGGCUUUUUUC